AUGAUCCAGCCAAGCAACCUCCAGCUAAGUGCGAGUGGAGAAGAUCCUCGCAGUGCUCAGUCCACUCCCUUUGAUGAGGCUUAUCAGGUAGAAUCAAAAGAGACAGCAAAGGAAAAUGAAGACCCUGGUACUGACUCAGUGUUGGACACUUCCCAAGAGAAGUCCUUUUCAGAGGAGCCCGCCACCGAUUCUUCCUGUUCAGCAACACUCCCCCCUGGACAAACUUACAGUGACAGGGAAAAGCAAAGAACAUCUGGGAAACGGAAAAAGAAGAAGAGGCACAGCAAAAGCUACACAGAGGUUGACACUGAUACUGGAGAUAAUAAAACAAAAAAAGGUUGUGUGGUACACUGAGGUAUGUAACAUUGCAAAGGCAUUUUUUGUAAACUAACCAUAGCAUUGAGAAUUUACAAACUUAAUCAUUACUUGGCACAUCAGCUAAGCUUUUUGUCUUUGUGUCUAAUCACAAAUACAUUCAAAGCAAAUUUGUUACUCUGAUUCUUACUCUCCAGGGGGUUGAUCUUGCGUUGAGUGGAGUCAGUGCUGCUCUCCCCACGACGCAGGGUCAUAUCCCACACGUCUGUCUUCUGUGUCAGCAGCAGCCAACCUGCC